AUGCCUCCCUUCAAAGAUGAGCACAUUCUGCUCAUUGCGCCGGGUUCGCAAAUGACCCUCGCGCAACUUGGCCUGCCCGAAACAUUCACCCCGGCGCGCUUUCGCUUCCCGACGCGCAUGUUCCCUGCUGAAAAGAAGGGUGAAUUCGAGCCAUACAAGGUCCGCGAACGGAAGCGCGAUGCCAAGGUCAACAAUGAUACCAAUGGUGCCAUUGAGCACAAGCCGGACGUGGAGAUGAAGGAUGGCGAUACCCCCGCUCAGAAUGGCACAAAUGGCAACGAAGAAACGGAGAAGACAGUCCAAGAGAUAUUUUACGAGGAAGACGUCACGUCCGAAGAAGGCGCGGUGUAUCCAAUUCAGAACGGGCGCAUCGUCGAUUGGCCCUGUUUCUACGCCUUGUUGACCCAUAUCUACAACUCUCUCAGCCCGCCAUUUCACACCCCAAUUCUCUUGGUGUCCCAGCCGGUCUGGUCGGCGCGCGAUCGUGAAGCAAUCACUCAGUUUGUCUUUGAGAAGUUCAAGGUCCCGGGCUUCAGUAUGAUGGACUCGGCUCUUGCAACAUGCUACGGUUAUGGUGUGCAGACCGCAACUGUUAUUGACGUUGGUAAGAGCAAGGUCGACGUGACAGCUGUUACAGAUUACACGGUCAACGAACAUGGCCGAGGCAUUGCGUUGGAGGGUUGUGGCGGUGAUGCAAUGACUGAUCGACUUGUUGAGCUGCUUGGCGGGAAGGGCUUUACUCGGGAGAUGUGCGAGCAACUCAAGCGAAGCAACAUUGCAGAAAUCCUUGCCCCUGGCGUCAUUUUGCCCGGAGCUGCAGCUACCUCUCGCCAAGGUGUCAACCCUGCCGCUGCCGCUUCGACUGGAGGAGGCGAUGGAAUCGAUGCUAUCCCUCGUGGCCCCGGCGAAGGAACUCAAACUGGUGGUGAGGCCAAUGGUGACGAUGAUGAAGGCGUAUUGGAUGUUGCGGCCAUUGUCAGUGGAGACACCAACGAGUACUUGGCCAACAUGGAGAGGGAAAAGGCGAGCAACAAGAAAGCGGGCGCGGACCCCAAGCAGCCUCGUCUUCCCAACUCUAAAAAGGAGAAAGCGACCUUCCAGUUCGAGGAAUUUGUACAAAUGGAGGGGGAGAAUAGCUCCCAGCGCUACAUUCGCAACUCUCGCGAAAUUGAGCUUGGUGUUGAGCGCUUCCUGUUGGCCACGCCCCGGCAGAAGGCUGGAGACCGCCUGAGCAACGGCAUUUUGGAAGACAUUGCUACUCAGAUCCACCACACUAUCUUGGCUGUCCCUGAUGCCACAAAGCGCAGUGAGCUCUGGGAUUCACUCAUCAUUGUUGGAUGUGGUAGUAAAGUUCGAGGCUUCAUCCAGGCCCUGCUUGCCGUUAUUAACAAAAAGUUCAUCCUCUCCCCAUCCGCCACGAUCUUCACCUCCGAAAUUCCUUCUACUUUCACCACACCCCUCCCCACCGGCGGAACUAACACUCCGGCUCCCAUGGGCAUGCCCACGCCUAUGUACCACCCUGCGGCGCCCGGAGUGAGCCAGCUUUUAGUAAAUGCCACCCACAACCAGCACGGUAUGCCCAUCCCAGGCACGCCUGGUAUGGAUCCUAACAUGCCGACUCAUCACCGCUCGACCGGCCACUCGCAGACCCCAACCUCGGUCAAGACCUUGCGACUCCCGGAGUACUUUUCUGACUUCAAGGAUCAGGGCAACAGCAACGCUCCUGGGUCCAGCACUGGCCCCGGUGCCACUGCAGGCGGACAUGGUCCCGAAGAAGCCGCUUUCUUGGGUGCUCAGAUGGGAGCCAAGGUUUUCUUCGUAUUGGAUCAGGGUCUCUCCAAGGGCUACAUGAGCCGUGUUGAGUACAAUGAGAGCGGACCGUCGGCUAUCCACGAGUAUGUUCUGUAA